AUGAGGAAAAGACUCCAAAAAACCCGCAUCCAGGAGCAGAUCGAGUACCUGGCUCCAGUACAGAAGUUCAUCCCCUACCAUAUAGACCUCCUCAAGAAAGGUAGCCCGGAUGCGAGACGUCAAUAUCGACACAUUCGAGCAUGGUAUACGCACCAUAUGAGCAUAUCUCUAGCAAAAGCCAGGAAAUACGGCGAGUCAUUGACUCCCGACAAGCUGAACGACAGCAUUGGCGAGCUUAUCAAAGACCCAUCCAGACAUGACGACGCAAAGAACGGUUGGUAUGUCGAAGAUGGAUUCUUGGUUGAAGACCAAGACGACAAGGGCGAGAGCUCGGAUUCCGUCAUGCAAUCAGAGUAUGCCGAUGAAACCGAGUCCGAUGGGAACCCGAAGGAUGCCAUUUCGAGCUCCGGGCUAGCAGACCCCAGUGAAAAGUUGCCCGCAGAGCCGAGCUACUGGUGGGCCGAGGAGGUCGAAAGAGCGAUUGAAGAGGGGUCGUCAUCGAUCAGAGAUUCCGCGAUUGAAGGGGAGUCAUCAUCGGAUGGUAGUUCUACGCUCGAAGAUAGCGAUGAUGAGGACGAGAUAGACUGGGAGGUCUAUCAAUCAUGGCGCGUGAGCAUGUGGGAGAUGGAAGAACAACAGUGGCCAACACUGUUAGCAGCAGAAGAUGACAAGACGCUCGACGCAUGGGACGAGAAAACUAACAUGCGGUACUGGCAAAGAGAGGGUAUCGUCCUCGCUAAACUGGCUGCGGAAUUGUACGUUAAGUUUUUCCAAGAAGCUAGACAGGCAUAUCUCGCGGACCCUCGGGAGCAGCAGGGGCGGAAACACAGAUCUAAGCCGAACUUGCCGGGAUAUUACAAGCGAGUACUUAGCAAGCUGAGAGAGUAG